AUGUCUGAUCUCGGCGCUGUCUCUCUCAGCGAGAUAAAUGAUACCUUUGGCGUGCUCUUGCUCGGUCUGAUCUUCACGGUCACCCUCUAUGGCCUGACAUUCUUUCAGACAUAUUUCUACUAUUCCCGUUUUUCAUCCGACAGUAUCUGGUCGAAGUGCUCGGUCGGUAUGAUAUGGGCGAUGGACACCGCAACGACAGCUCUCUUAUCUCAAACAUUGUACAAUUACAUGAUAACCAACUUCGUGGUCCCAUUCAAUCAACUUGAUAUGACCAAGUCAUUUGUCGCCGAGAGUGGAAUUUCGUCGUUCGGGAUAUUCGCUGUUCACACAUUUUAUGCCGUUCGCAUCUGGAAAGUAAAUGACAGGAACCCCAUUAUCCCUGGAUUGGUUUUAUUCUUUUCCGUGGCUGGGUUCGCAACCGGCUUAGUCGGAACGGCACUCAUUUCCAUGCGACCUCUUUUCUACAACUUCGUCGCGGGAGAAGUCGAAAUUGCGUCGAUCGUGCAGUAUGGCAUCUACACGGCGUGCGACCUCAUCAUCCUCAUCUCGCUCUUCUGUUCCAAUGGUAUUAUCGUCAUGAAGGCCCCUCAGAACGCGUAUGAGUACAUUGUCGUCAACUUUCUGAUUCGCGGAACUUGCUUCACUGUCCUUCAGAUAGUGUGCCUGGUCACGUUUAUCGCCAAGCCCACCCACCAAGUCUGGAUCUUCUUCCAUUUCAUCACAAGCAAGGUAUAUGCCAAUAGCCUGAUGGCCAUGCUCAACUUCCGCGAUGCUUACCGCGGGCGCGGUGUCACGGACGUGCAUUCCGCCCAGUUCACAUCGAAGGCAAACGGGACGCUCACCGGUCACGGCCCAGCGAUCUCGCAUGAGAUGCAGCUGAACAUGGCCAAUUCGGACGGCAAGCCUUCCGCACUCAUGACGAUGGAGCCAAGUGAGGUGCACUCUGUCAAUGAGGAAUAA